AUUGGCCAAUCAGCGGCCUCGUUACUGUAGCCAGCUUGUAGUUCUGCAAUCAGUCCGAAUCAGUGUCGUCGCGACUCGAUCAUCUCAUUACCACAAACAAUUGUGCGUAUUCGCUUUCGCUCUUACCUCUGUUCUCUGUAACAGUUAAUUAGUUAAAUACAUUACUAUUGUGUUGAGGUCCAUCUCCGCUCUCUUAAGUCACCCGUUUAGUCCAUCACUCAGCGUCAAUUCCUGGUUUCGUAUUUUGAUUAGUCCAGACACUGCUCUCUCGUAAUAAGUAUCAUGGCUCGUACUAAGCAAACUGCUCGUAAAUCUACCGGAGGAAAGGCUCCCCGUAAACAGUUGGCCACCAAAGCCGCCCGCAAAAGCGCACCCUCCACAGGUGGAGUGAAAAAACCUCAUCGCUAUCGUCCCGGUACUGUUGCUCUUCGUGAGAUUCGCCGUUACCAAAAGUCCACAGAGUUGCUAAUUCGCAAGUUGCCGUUUCAACGUUUGGUCAGAGAAAUUGCCCAGGAUUUUAAAACUGACUUGCGUUUCCAAAGUGCGGCUAUUGGAGCUUUGCAGGAGGCCAGUGAAGCAUACUUGGUUGGUUUGUUUGAAGACACCAACUUAUGCGCUAUCCACGCCAAACGUGUCACAAUUAUGCCGAAAGACAUUCAGCUGGCCAGACGUAUCCGUGGCGAAAGAGCCUAAUUCAUCCACUAUCCUUUAAAGUGUAAUUUUUUUUGUUAAACAAUUUUUCUGGCAGUUAUCUUAUCGUUAUACAUAUAUUACUAUAUUUCAAAAAAAAAAAUAAUAAUAAU